GUUUAAAAUGUCAUCUCAAUUGGGCAAAAAAGAACAGCUGAUUUUGUUAUCUGGGCCGCACUUUGAUCGGCCUUUGAAUUAGAUAUGUUAAAGUCAACAUUGCAGUAACCCCAUCAACAUGGACUUUCGGAACGCCCGUGCCCGACAGCCGGAGAUCGUGAGAUCCGUGCAGAAGGACGCACGGUACACCAACGAGCUGGCCGAAGACCUGUCCGAUGUUUUGCGCCUCACCGGUCCACGGAACUGGAUAAAGUACAACCAGAUGUGCAGGCUGCUGGCGGAACUCAGUUACCACGGAUUCGCUUCCGCUAAUAACCUCCAGACACUUGGCGAGGAGUACACGGGAAUAAUACAGGUGGACGGCAACUACAAGCAGAUUCCCAGCAGAUUCUUGCAACUGGUUGCCAUAGUCCUGGAGUUUGGUGGCGACUCCCUGUUCCAACGACUGAUGCAAAAACUGGACACAUAUGUGGCCAACAACGAAGAGAUUCGACCCGAGGUCAAGCCGCAGUUAAAGAAAAUUAUUCAGAGGCUUGGGCAAUCUCCCAGCUACGUAAAAGCCCUGCACAAGUCCCUUUUCUAUUUGGAUGCCAGCAAGUAUCAGCUGUCCAAGCGCACCACAGGCAUCAACUACGUACUAAUCCGCCACUGGCUGCAACCGGAAUUCUCGCUGUACGGCUACAAGAUCCUGGGCGUAAUCACCUUCCUGCAGGUCAGCGUUUCCCUAGCCAUUAGUGGCUGGGACGCCUGGCGAGAGCACAAGCGCCAGCAGCUGGAAUCGAUAAAGCAGGCAGGAAAGAAGUUCCUGCAACGAGGUUCGAGUGUCAAAGACGUAGAUCCUAACACUCCACAGUGCAUCCUUUGCCUGGAGCCACGUUCCAACAGCAGUUUGACUCCAUGCGGACACAUCUUCUGCUGGAGCUGCCUGCUCGAGUGGCUGGAGGAGCGGGAUGAGUGCCCGUUGUGCCGGGAGUCGCUGAAGAAGUCACAGGUGAUAUUACUGCAGAACUAUGCCUAAGAUUGGAUUAAGAUUACACCUUUUAUAUUCAUGUUAGGAAGUAUUUUGUAGUCUAUGUACAAAUAUAUUAAAAGUCUUGAAAGGGGAUUCUUUAGUUA